AUGUCUAGAAAAACGAAAUCUACAGUUUUUGUCGACCUGAAAUCAGACACCCACAAGAUGUUUGCAAACUAUGGCCAUGACUGUACAUUGGAAGACAUCGCUGAUAACUAUGACUGGGAAUAUGCACCUGGAUACUCUCUGGGAGCUAAAUUCAGGAGAUGGCUUGCAAGGAUGAGAGUAGUUUCAGAGACAAGCAAAUUUUACACACAUCACUUGAGAAGUUUUGGUGCUAUCAGUGCAGAGAGAAGAAGGCAUCUCAAGUACCACCCAAAAACUAUUCACCCAUUCAGUGCAGGACGGAUAGUAUGGGCCAUAAUAAUGAUAUUCAUUAUACUUUAUCAUCUCAUAGUUACACCUUUUAUGUUUCUUGUGUUUGAUUUCAAGAAGCCUAAUUUCUCCUACAAUGAAGUACUCAAUAUGUUCAGACUAGUAUUUGAUACUUUUUUAAUAUUCAAUGGCAUCUUCAAUUGUAUAACUGGAUACUAUGAUGAACCAAUGCAAAAAGUAGUAUUGGAUUUGAAACUCAUUUUCAUACACUAUUUGAAGACAAACUUUGUGUUUGAUUUCCUCUCAUCAUUCCCAAUGGGCUAUGACAUUGUUUUCAAACUAAAAACAUAUGAUAUUGCAAUGAUUUUAUGGGCUAUGAUGUUCAGAUACCUGUUAAUGAGAUCAUUUAGUCAGUACUCAAAAAUGGUAGCUAAUCAUUUCAAUAUAAAUCAUUUCACAUAUAUGACAUCUAUGGUCAUUUUUUAUACAGUCAUGUUCUGGCAUGCUAUGUGUUGUAUUGUGGAUUUCAUAAGACGCCAUAUAAAAUACCAUACCAGCCCGGGUACUCACUUAUUCAACACAACCCAUAAUACUUUUCUUGAUCAGGAAGAUAAGAGGAUAUGGGUUAUGUACUUCAAUGCUCUCCAUCACAAAUCACUCCUACUAUACAAUUCUGGUUAUGGCAAAACAGAACCAAAUCAUGAACUGGAAAUAAUUCUAAUAUACUGUGUAUGGUAUGGAUCAAGCCUCUUUUGCAUUUAUAUCUUAGCCAUGAUAAUGGAGAUAAACACAGGAAGAACAUCUUCAGCCCACAAAUAUGAUGCGAUGGAGAGGCAACUCAAAGAAUAUAUGAGACAUAAGCAGUUACCAACAUACAUGAGAACUCGAAUAUUGACGUAUUAUGAAUUCAAAUUCCAGAAAAGAUAUUUCAGGGAAAGCGAAAUUCUAGCUACUAUAUCUGAACAAUUGAGGCAGGAAAUGAACAUGCAUGCUUGUAAGAAACUGGUGGAGAAUGUUAUAUUUUUCCGAAAUUUGCCCCUGAAUUUGCUUGUCAGAAUAAUAUCUUGUUUACGCAUAGAAGUUUUUCUUGUGAACGAUGUUAUAAUCAGGGCUAAUACUCCAGGAGCUAGUAUGUAUUUUAUAUCUACAGGAACUGUAGCAAUUUACACGAAAUCUGGCAAAGAGGUCUGUCAUUUGGAAGAUGGUGCUCAUUUUGGGGAAAUAGCUCUCUUAAUUAAAGAUACAUUCCGAAUAGCGUCAGUGAUUGCUGUUGAAGUCUCAGAAAUUUACAGGCUAGACCAAAAAGACUUUGUGAAAGCAAUCAAUCCAUAUCCUGAUUUACUAGCCAAUAUACAACAUAUAGCUGAAGAGAGAAUGGAAGUGUCAUCAAUGUUGGACGAAUAUAACAGAAGAGAAAUGGCUACGAAGCGAUUGAAUCUCCUUAACUAA